GCGAACCCGGAUGGAUAUAAAGGAAAAAAAUGAACACAUUCCUAUCUCUUCUCCUCGAGGUCUGGACUUUUUUGGGGUUGUUUAAGUAGAGUCUGCUGCCUUCUUUUUGGUCGGGCAGAAAUCCGGGCUUCUCGUCGGGGGGACUGUACAUUGAUAGCUCGGCGCAUAGACAGGGUGGGAGUGAAAAAAGUGGACGAAAAUGUCGGAUACAAAGGUAAAAGUUGCAGUGAGAGUUCGGCCCAUGAACCGCAGGGAAAUUGAACUGAAUACAAAAUGUGUCGUGGAUAUGGAGGACAACCAGACGGUCCUACACCCACCACCCUCAAAUGCAAAAGGGGAGAACAGCAGGAAACAACCUAAGGUGUUCGCCUUUGACCACUGUUUCUGGUCCAUGGAUGAGUCCAACGUUCCCAAAUAUGCUGGCCAAGAGGUGGUGUUCAAGUGCCUUGGAGAGGGAAUACUUGAAAAUGCAUUCCAGGGAUAUAAUGCCUGCAUAUUUGCCUAUGGACAAACAGGUUCAGGCAAGUCUUUUUCCAUGAUGGGGAAUGGGGAGCAGCCGGGUUUGAUCCCUCGACUCUGCUGCUCGCUGUUUGAGAGGGUCCACAGAGAGGGGAACGAGGCCCAUUCUUUUAAAGUGGAGGUGUCCUUCAUGGAGAUCUAUAAUGAGAAGGUCCGGGACCUACUGGAUCCCAAAGGGAGCCGACAGUCCCUGAAGGUUCGGGAACACAAAGUCCUGGGUCCAUACGUGGAUGGUCUGUCUCAGCUGGCUGUAACCAGCUUUGAGGACAUCGAGGUGCUGAUGUCAGAGGGGAACAAAUCUCGCACAGUUGCAGCCACCAACAUGAAUGAGGAGAGCAGUCGAUCACAUGCUGUCUUCAGUAUUAUUGUCACACAAACACUCUAUGAUCUACAGUCUGGGAAUUCAGGGGAGAAGGUGAGCAAGUUGAGUCUGGUUGACCUGGCAGGAAGUGAAAGAGUGUCCAAAACUGGAGCGGCUGGAGAGAGACUCAAAGAAGGCAGCAAUAUCAACAAGUCUCUUACCACCUUAGGCUGUGUGAUUUCUGCCCUGGCUGACCAGUCAGCAGGAAAGGGGAAGGCCAAAUUUGUGCCUUACAGAGACUCAGUCCUCACCUGGCUACUGAAGGAUAACCUUGGUGGAAACAGCAAGACAGCCAUGAUAGCCACAGUGAGUCCAGCUGCUGAUAACUACGAGGAGACUCUAUCCACUCUGCGUUACGCCGAUAGGGCCAAGAGAAUCGUCAACCACGCAGUGGUGAACGAAGACCCCAACGCUCGGAUCAUCAGAGAACUCAGGGAAGAGGUGGAGAAGCUCAAAGUUCAGCUCUCUCAGGCGGAGUCCAUGAAGGCUCCUGAGCUAAAAGAGAAACUGCACGAGUCUGAGAAACUCAUUCAGGAGAUGACUGUCACCUGGGAGGAGAAGCUACGAAAGACAGAAGAGAUUGCCACUGAGCGUCAGAAGCAGCUGGAGAGCAUGGGCAUCUCUCUGGAAACAUCUGGGAUUAAAGUGGGUGAAGAUAAGUGUUUCCUGGUCAAUCUGAAUGCAGAUCCUGCCCUAAAUGAGCUACUGGUCUACUACCUGAAGGAGCACUCACGUGUGGGUGCCGACACGUCUCAGGACAUCCAGCUCUUUGGGAUCGGUAUCCAGCCCAAGCAUUGCAUACUGGAGCUCUGCCCAGAUGGUGAUGUCACCCUGACGCCCAUAGGGAACGCCAGGACCUGUGUGAAUGGAACAAUGAUUGAUUCCUUGAUACACCUGUGGCACGGAGACCGUAUCUUAUGGGGCAACAACCACUUUUUCAGGAUCAAUCUGCCUAAACGCAAGCGGCGGGACCGUUUGAAGGAGCUGGAGAGGGCUUCUCCCAGAGAGAGCUUCGUCGAGGCAGAUGUGGAGACCGCCAGCGAAGCCUCUUCUGAACAGGACUACAGCUACGAGUUUGCCCAGAUGGAGGUCAUAAUGAAGACUCUGGGGAACAAUGACCCCAUGCAGAAUGUGGUCCAAGUUCUGGAGAAACAGUACCUGGAGGAAAAGCGGACGGCUCUGGAGGAACAGAGAUUGAUGUAUGAGCGAGAGUUGGAGUCACUACGGCAACAGCUGUCUCCGGAGAAAACAUCGCAGCACCACCGCAGCAGCAGUGACCGCCUGACGUUCCCUACGCACACACCGCACGGCAAGCUGCGACUGUGGACAGAGGAGCGGGAUGAGCUUUUUCGUCAAAGUCUUUCUCGACUCAGGGAGCAGGUCGUGAAAGCCAACACCUUGGUGAGAGAAGCCAACUUUUUGGCAGAGGAGAUGAGCAAACAGACUGACUACCAGGUCACCCUUCAAAUUCCUGCAGCCAACCUCAGCGCUAACCGCAAGCGUGGAGCGAUAGUGAGCGAACCAGCCAUCCAGGUGCGCGGGAAAGGGAAGGGCACUCAGGUGUGGACCAUCGAGAAGCUUGAGAACAAACUGGUGGACAUGAGAGACCACUACAGGGACUGGAAGGAAGGCACAGAGGAGAUUUAUAACAAGGCAAACAGUAAGCACUGUGACCCAUUCUACGAGGCGCAAGACAACCACAACCUGAUCGGAGUGGCCAACAUCUUUCUGGAGUGCCUUUUCCAUGAUGUCAAACUGCAGUAUGCUGUCCCCAUUAUCAGCCAGCAGGGAGAGGUAGCAGGCAGGUUGCAUAUUGAGCUCAUGAGAGUCAGUGGAGUUGUGCCCGAGCGCCUGUGUGGGGGAGAUGAUUCGUCUGAGAACUCCAGCGAGAGUAGCUGCUACGAAGUCAUGGACACCAACGGGGAGAUCGUCCACAUGGCCAAGAGGCUCACAUGCAGGGUGCGGAUCAGGGAGGCCACGGGGCUGCCUCACAACCUGUCCAACUUUGUCUUCUGUCAGUACACCUUCUGGGAGCAUGGCGAGCCCACUGUGGCUCCUCCAAUGGUCAGCCCAGAUAGACCUUCCCCUCGGAGCCCGGAGGCCCAGUUCACUGUCCAGUUUGACCACUGCAAGGACUAUGUUGUACAUGUGUCAGAUGAGUUUUUGGAGUUUAUAUCAGAUGGAGCGUUGGCAAUAGAAGUGUGGGGUCACCGCUGUGCUGGGAAUGGACGUUCACUCUGGGAGUUAGAUGCAUUAGAGGCCAAGACCCAGACGCUUCGAGACCGGUGGAGUGAGGUGUCUCGCAGGAUCGAGCUGUGGAUUUCCAUCCAGGAGCUGAAUGAUCAGGGAGAGUAUUCGUCUGUGGAGCUGCAUCCUGGAAAAGACAUCAGCACAGGGGGAGUCUUCCAGCUCCGACAGGGUCACUCCAGAAGGCUGCAGGUGUGUGUGAAGCCAGUCCAAAACUCAGGCACUCUGCCUCUACUGGUGGAGGCAGUGCUGUCUGUCUCUAUUGGCUGCGUGUCGGCUCGCUCCACCAAACUACAGAGACCCCUUGACAGCUACCAGAGAGAGGUGGAAGACGAUAUGGAUAGUUAUCAGGAGGAGGAUCUCAACUGUGUUAGAGAGCGCUGGUCAGAGGCCCUUAUCAAACGCCGGGAGUACCUUGACGAACAAAUCAAGAAAAUCAUCAACAAGCAUGAAAAGUCAGAGGAGGAUAUUGAGCGUGAAGCUCGGCUGGUGGAGCAGUGGGUUGGCCUGACCGAAGAAAGAAACGCUGUGCUAGUACCUUCACCUAGUAGUGGCAUCCCUGGAGCUCCUGCAGACUGGACCCCACCUGCAGGAAUGGAAGCUCACAUCCCAGUCCUCUUCCUGGAUUUGAAUGCGGAUAAUCUGACAGUAAAUGAGCAGCUGACUGGCCCACACGCUGCGGGAGUUAACUCUAUCCUGCCCAAAGAGCAUGGGAGCCAGUUCUUCUAUCUGCCCAUAAGCAGACACAGUGAUGAGGAGGUGUCUGCAGUGUGCUCCUGGGACUCAUCCAUCCAUGAUUCUGUUCACCUCAACCGGGUCACGUCACCUAACGAGCGCAUCUACCUGAUCAUCAAAGCCACGGUGCAGCUCAGCCACCCUGCCUCCAUGGAGCUGGUGCUCCGCAAGAGGAUUGCGGUCAACAUCUACAACAAGCAGAGUUUCACACAGAGUCUCAAGAGAAGAAUGUCCCUAAAGAACACGCUUUACUCCUGUUGUGUAACCUAUGAGAUUGUUUCCAACAUACCAAAGGCCUCAGAAGAGUCAGAGGAGAGGGAAACCUUGGCCCUCAUGGCUGCUCGCGGGGACAGUGAGGAAACUCAGGAUGGAGAAACCUACAUAGAGAAAUACACACGGGGAGUUCUGGAAGUGGAGAACAUCCUCAGUCUAGAGAGGCUACGACAGGCUGUGACAGUGAAGGAGGCGCUCGCUGCCAAGGGGAGACACCUAAGAAGGAGUCUCAGCACACCAAAUUCCUCAUGCAGUAGAACAGAUCUGAUGGGUUGUGAGGAUGAAGACUGUAAGGACCACUGCGAUCAUGUUGACAGCUCCAACCUCAAUCCCCAGGACGGCUCCCUUUGUAGCACACCAAUCAAAAACAAGGAGAACACAGGCUUGGUUCCAGAGAGUCCAACCUUUUUCAACUCGAGCCCCUUCAAGGUCCUCUCCCCUCAGCCACCUAAGUUCCUCAAGUCUCUGCUGCCUGUUAAAGAGGAGAACAAGGUGAAGAAAGCCUUGGAGGCCCAGCCAUUGCUGGGACAAGAGAGCAUGCGCUCAUGUGUGGACAGCCCUGCACUGCUCCCCCCUCCCUGCCCCUGGCGCAGACCCAGGGCAGGCAGCGAGGGCCACUGCAAGCCUUCCACCUUCACCUCCACCACCACCCCCACCUCCACUCCCACCAGCAGACAGCUCAGCCACACACUGCCAUGCACUGCUGACUCUGAAGACGAAGAGACGGUGGACAUGAGUCUGUAUCUGGAACGGGGCCCUCAAGACGACAGCAGCUUCCAGUCUUACAUCCCAGAGGACUUUGCAAACUUUGAGAUCUACAAUGCCACUCUGGAGAGCCAGGAAGGCUUUCUAUCCUCCCGUUCUGACUUGAAGGGAAGCCGGUGCGGAGGUGGAGGUGGAGAGAGAGAGGUGUCUCGAAGCCCCACGGUCAGCAGCUGCACUAGUGGUUACUUUUCACACAGCGCCUCCAAUGCUACACUGUCUGACAUGCCUUUCAGCUCCAGCGAGAGCUCUGACCACCUCAGCUGCACCUCUAGAGAUUCCCAUGACCCCCUCGGCUGCUCUACUGGAAGAGGCUGCACCCAAACCAAAAGUCUUUCUGCAGGGAGUGACACCCAGCAGCCUCCUCUCUCGGCAGGCGGCGUUCAGGAUCUGCUCGUCCACUCGCCGCCUGUCAAUAUUUCUAAUUGCACCGACAAGCAGAAAACAUUCCAUCUGCCUCAAAACUGUGUUCUCAGCGCCAGCCAGGAGUUCACUGACUUUAAAGGGGCUGAUGAUACUGUUGCAGAGGGUGAUUUGGCACGUUUUACAGAGGAAUGGCAGCAGGAGGGUUUGGAACUCUCUGCGAACCAGAACGAGAAACCAGAUAAUACGGAAACAUGUGACACUGGCGAUCAACACGUUUCUGAUGUUUCUGGUAUUAGUGACACGUCUAAUCCUGAAAACGCGUCAACUGCUAUAUGCAAAUGUCCUAAUAAUGACGUCUCUGUUAGUGUAGCUGUGCCCUGCCCUAACACAACUGUUUGCACUUCAGUCAGAGCCCCUGACAACGUCUCAGUUGCAUCGCAAACCCUAAUAACUCCCUCUGCAUCAGUCCCACCUCCAGCAUCACCAUCGCCAGUCACAACUGUGCCCACAGCCCCAUCGUCUGCGCCGGCUCUGGGAGGAGGAGGAGGAGGAGGAGGAGGAGGAGAACCUCCGAUCCGGGAACCAGCACAGGGGGAUCUGCCCCACGGGAGUCCCUGUCCCAGCCCUGACGUCAGCAGUGCCGAGCCUUCGGGGGACUCCAGCGGGGAUGAGAGCACCCCUGUAGCUCAGCUUCCUGACUGGAUGGCCCCUGGGGAGCAGGUGUGGGUGGGGAAGAGGAGAGGAACGGUCCACUAUGUUGGAGGGGUGGAGUUUGCCAAGGGGAUCUGGGUGGGUGUCAAGCUGGACCUGGCAGUGGGUAAGCACAACGGGACUGUCCAGGGAAGAGUGUAUUUCCGCUGUCCCCCGGGUCACGGUGUGUUUGUGAAACCAUCUCGUCUCACCAGAGGACAGCCCUCCAUGGACACAGAACCCCAGACUCUGAUCAGAUAAGACCCAAAGAAGGACCAGCUUUCUGAGGUUCUCAGAUCCAGUGCCUAUGGGUUAACCGCAAGCUGACUUCAUCAUGUCUCCUCUUUUCCAUCCCUGUUUCCACCUCUCAAGCACUGAGCUGAUGUAUUCUUUAGGUGUGUCUGCUUUCCCUAAAGCAUAUCUGACCUGUGCAUUUAAUGAAGGUUUAUCCUAAUUACUGUUCACUGAAAAUUCACUAUGCACAUGAGUUUUCUAUAUGGUGAUAUUUUUGAUAGAGAACAUAACUUUUAACUGGGAGUCCAUAUGGAAAUAUUACCCACAUACAUUUUCUUACAUUGGUUUCUGAACUUUAUACAUAAUAUUUUUUAUAAGACAAUGCAUCCUCCCCUGAGGCUCAUAGUGGAAUAAUCUGGGAUAUGAAGAUUAAGAAUGUACUACUGUUAAUAAACAUUGAUAUUUACAUCAAUACGAUAUGUCAGGGGUAACCAAAGAACUACGGUUCCGUAUCUGCUGUUAUGAAUAAUGUGUUAUAUUUCUAAUGUAUGGUAUGUGGAGGCAUACAUGUGUCCAAGUAAAGCUUAGUGCCAUAUCUCUAGGAGUGAUGCCACGUACCCUGAGGAGUGGACAAAUCUGCAAAACCUGAAGUGCUUUCAGUGUUUGACUGCAGUUAUGUUAAAUUAUCCUGUUGAAGUACUGUAACACUGUGGAUGAAAUAAUCCCCAUCCAGCAUGAGACUGUUGCUGUUUGAAUGCUUGCACUGGAAAGGAUUCUUGGAGAGUUCACGACUGUCUUCCAUAACUGGACUGAUGAAACGAUCUCUGCGUGCUUCUGACUGAAGGGACUGAUGAACCGCCUAUCAUUACUUUAAUAUGUCGAACGAAGCAUCUAGGCUUUGUCUGAGUCUUGGAUAUACUGAUGCCUUAUAGCCCUGUUUCCAUAAAGGCAGGCACAUAAACCCCAGUCUACUCAUUGAACAACUCGCCAUAACAAGUUCACUGAGUUUAAAAAAAUAACAAACUGUAUGGACCUGAAACCUGUGUAUGUAUAUCAUGAAGCCCAUAGGCAUUCAAAAUGCCACCCAGCCUGAUUGACUGAAUGAUUGAAUACCUUUAUAAUGGAUUGUCCAUCUGCAUUUUCUAUGUUAACUGACUCAUGUCUAUGUAACACCACAUGUUUAAAAGGUACUCAAUAAUGCAUUAUUUCCACAUUGGAGUAUUGGAUGAAUGGGUGGGGGACAAUAUCAGGUUGCAGAAGUAAAAAGUGGUGUAGUUAAUGUAGAAAAAUUGCCCUAUGAACAUAUUUUUAUGGAAGUGGUGAACUGUGGAACUGACUAGAAAUAGUUAUAUAUUCAAGCUGUACUUUCACGUAAAUGAAAGAAACCCAACCUUACUUUAAAGAAGAGAUCAAAGCUGCUCUCCCUCAUAAGGAGUUGUAAAUAGAAAUGUAUUUGAAAAUAGUAUUUACGCUAUUAUAAUGUACAGAAUUGUAUUUAUAAUGUAUCUCAAACUGUUUUAAUUGGUACAAAAUGUUCUAGAUUAGAACAUUUACAAUCAA